AUGACAAUUGUUCAACGAAAAAAUGACAAUGAAAAUAGGAUUGUUGUUGCGCAAAACAUUAAUGAUGUGAUCAGUGAAAACCAAAAGAUUGUUCAGGCCGCUACAACUCACAUUAUUGUCAAUAUUAUUAUUAAAAUAAUCUUUACAAUCAUUGGACUGUUCUUAUUUUUCAUUACAUUCAGAUCAAUUUCAUUGGAUAUCAAGAAAAGAGAAAAGGAUUUUUACGAAAUGAAAAAAAUUGAAAUUGAAAAAUGCAAAAAAGACUACGAAGACAAUCUUUGCGAUCAAAACAUUAACGAACCACGUUACCAAGAAGCAUGUAUGAACUUUAAGAAAUGCAAAGAUUCAAAAAUUGAAAUUGAAAAAUCAGAGAUUACUUUUAACUAUCUUGGACAAGCAAUUAAUGACUUCUUCGAGGCAUUAUCGUUUGCUACAAUAGCAAAAAUCUUGUUUUGCUUUUUGGCCGGAUAUUUUCUAAUUAAUUUUAUCUUUUAUAAAUAA